CCCCAGGGAGGGACUGGGCGGCCCACCCAGCUCGCAUUGAAUGCCACAGGGCACAGGAUGGAGACCUGCCUGAAAGUCCUGCUGCUCGUCGGGGUGGUCACAGCAGCCCCCACGCCAUCAUCAGCCCCUCUGCCAACCCACGAGGAUGCGGUUUUAGCUGCAGUUCAGGCGUACAACCAAGAGCCAGGCACAACACUGGCCUAUCGGCUCCUGGAAGCUGAGCCGCAGCCAGACUGGGACGUGUCUUCAAAAACGAUCCAACCGCUGAAAUUCACUGUGCAAGAGACAGUGUGCCCGGUAUCAGAGCAACGUGACUUCAACCAGUGUGAAUUCAAAGAAGAUGGGCUGGUCAAAGACUGCUCUGGAUUCUUCUCCACUGAACAGGACCCCCCUUCCGUCAUUAUCAAAUGCGAGGAGGCGUCUGAGGAGCCUAAUAUCAUCACACGCGGCCGCUGGGGACGUUGGAGGAGAAAAGCUGGUAGGUUUAUUAAGCGAAAUCGCUGGAACAUCAUUGCUACCGGUCUCAAGUUGAUCGGCUAACAAGAUCCAGAGAGAGAGGAGAUGAGAGCAAGCCGAUGCUCCAGACCCAGCUGUGCCGCCAUUUCCCCUCCUCUGGAAACACCAUCGGAAGCAAGGCUUAUCACAAUCUGAACAGCUUCAGAGUAUCUGCUUCUGCCUACCGCAUAACCACUCUUUCAGUGCUGCUCACCAGGGCUCCUCUGCAUAAUAAAUUGGCAUUCUGCAAAUCUA